AUGCAGCAGAAGCUUCUUUUCUUCUUGCUCGUAGUAUUUGUAUCAUUAUUAUUAUUAUUAAAUGUCGUUGCGUCACAAAGUAUAACACCGUCGACGUUAUCGUGUGAAUAUGCCAACACUUUAAUAGAAGGCAAGAAAGAUGUAAAUGCUAUUGUAUACGACAAUGAAUGCAAUGCACGGAGCUUUCAAGUCGUUGCCACUUCGACUGUUGAACGUAGUUUAAAUUUAUCGAAUCUAGACAUUGUUCAAGUUCAAAGCUAUCCGCGUGUUUAUCAAUUGCUUCUUAACAACAAUAAACUUGAGACAUUCAUGCCUGCAGGCUUGGAUAAUGACAUGGAGGACUUGAAACUUGCUAGCAACUUUAUCACAGACUUGUCUGGCUUUAGCUUUCCUCGACGACUUAAUUACUUGGAUUUAAGUUUUAAUUCCAUCACAACACUAUCGGUGGCUACACCUUGGCCUGAGUCAGGUGAGUUGCAGACGCUUCUGCUCCAUGGCAACUCCCUCAGCUCGGUUGCGUCGGACACGUUCACAAAACUCGUCGCGCUGCAGUCUUUAUCGCUGUCAAACACAGGCAUCUCCAACAUGGACGACGUCGUGCUGCCAGUCUCGCUGCGAAUACUCAAUGCGACCAAAAACUCGUUUACCAGCGCUACAACCAAGUUAUCCAACCUGCCAACGGCUUUACAAUACCUGGACCUGAGCAACAAUCUACUUACGGAGUUUCCCACCGUUGUGUCAUCUCUUACAACACUCGUGGAAUUGAACCUCGAGUCUAACGGUAUUAAAACAAUUAGCGGCAUUACAUUUGCGUCAACGCUUCACAAAGUAUAUCUGGACAAUAACCCACUGUCCAACAUCGAAAUUUGUCGGUCAGAUGUGAGCGUGUUUCAGAGUCUCACUGAAUUUACUGUGCCUUCGUCCGUGUCGAGCACGUGCGUGAAUUCAAAGGCGACUAAGGAAGAAAUCCAGGGCGUCGCUUUUUGCGUGCUUGAAGAUGAUGAUUGUAUCAUCACGUCCACGACGGACUCGAAACGUGGCAGUCUGUCAGGGGCAAACAUAAACGAUAUUGCAAGCUCGAGCGAGACAACCUCGUCAGAGGCAUCCAACAACAGCUCCAACUCCAUUUUCUCGGUGAAGUCUGUCGGGAUUAUUGGCAGCACAUUUUUCCUUGUUGGUGUUCUGCUGAGUGCCUUGGUGUUUGGUCUUAUUUGGACCAAACGAAAAAACAGUGACGACAAUCGUGAUCAGCACGCUGUCUUAAAGUUGAACUAUGAACGUCAAUUAGGAAGCAGCGGUGGCAACGUUAUGUUAUUUACAAACAGUGGGCGCGCUAGUCGUGUUUUCGGAAAGGGUAACGAUGAUUAUCGCGACAUUGACAGCAAGGGUGAGAACAAUAGCACAUUUGGAGGUAGUGGUUUUAAUACCCCUGGCGAAGUAGCGUGGGGCAUUUAUGAAAGUCCUUUGGACAAAUACAAUCUGGUUGCUCUCCUCGAGCCAAGUCCCAAGGAUAAAGGCUAUCUUGGUGCUAGUACAGCUUCGCUUCAGGCCCGCAGCAAGCUCAAGAUCAAGGUCGACUUGGAUGACUUGCUUGUGUACGAGAUCCCGCCUGAAGAAAUUCAGAUGCGUCGUGCGCUGCAUUUGUUUUCAUCAAAGAAGAGCAGCAAAGCUGCAUUAGCUUUAAGCAGUGUGGGAGUGGGUAGCUCUCGUAAGAUGGUGGAUUCUGCUUUGUUCCUGGCCGAGUACCAGGGAUAUAAAGUUGUAAUUCAAACACUCACGCGAUCCAAGAAGUGUCUUGAGAAGCGUUUUGUGGAGCAGAUUCGUCUUGCAGCAUCGCUAGACCACGCAUCAAUUGUGCAUUUCAUCGGCGUCACGACUGGCUGCAGCACCACGGCAAGUCGUCAACGUGGCAGCAGCGGCGCGACGGCUCCUAACGUUGAUUGCGGUCUGACUAACAAUAUGAAUGAGAGCGUUGCAAGCAGCAAAACGAAAAGCCGCUACCCGAACAUGGGCGCACCGUCCUGGCAUCUAGGCGUGGUGUUUGAGUACAUGCAGUAUGGUUCUCUCGCUUCCAUGUUUGAGUACGAGCGUUAUCGCCGUGAAGGUAAGGAGUUGAUUCCGGACAGCAGCGUCACGGCUCCUUUUGGCAGCGCCAAUAGCAACAUCUUUAGCUGGUAUCCAGUGUUUACAAACUCGAGCGCGAGUGCAACUGGUAAUCCGAAUGCCAAUUGGCGGUGCAAACUCUCUUUUGCCUUGGAUGUAGCAAUGGGACUUGUCUACCUUCACGCUAACAACUACGCACACGGUCGUAUUUGCGCACGGAAAGUGUUGGUGAACGAGCAAGGCGAGGCAAAGCUCAGCGCGAUGGACGUGCUGCUACCAUCAGACUUGGUACGAAUCAAAGAUAAGAACCAUGGCAUGGCAGACGAUUUUCGUGGUUCACUUAGAUAUAGCGCCCGGUGGACGGUGCAGAGGAUUACUGGUCUUCGUUCAAAAGUUCCAAAGCAUCAGACAUCAGGAAAUCUUGGUCGUAGUCGCUAUGCGAACAAUAGUGAACAGAGUGAUAUGAGUGGAGCGAGUGAAGUCAGCAGCGCGACACUUGAUAACAACAGUCAAAGUGGUGACAACCCCGCAUUUGAUGAGAAUUGCGAUAUGACUUCGCUCAAGUCGAGUGGCAUUGGGUCGUCUAUUGUGGCGGUACAGCGUGAUGAUGUUUACGCAUUUGGGACGUUUCUAUGGGAGCUUGACACGAUGAUUGCGGUAGAGGAAGAUCUAGCAAGCUCAAGGGUUAAUGCUGGUGGUAAGCCACAUCUGCUCAAGUUUUCUCGAGACUGUCCGUUUGAGCUGCAAGAAUUGGCUCGUCAGUGUUGGAACGAGGUACCAAGUGAACGUCCAGACGCAAUUGAUAUACAAGAGGAGCUAGUGCGUGUCUUGGAAGGUCGUUUGACUACUAGUGGUCAACUCGCGCCCACUACAUGGACACGACCUAGUCAUCUGAGUUCUACAAGUGCCAUUAGCAGUUUAUCAAGUUCCGACUUGUCGUUAAAAGUGUCGUCAUUACCAAGCUCACAUUCAUUAAAGGCCGUGCCAAUAGCCAAUCAUCUCUAA